AUGUGGCAAGCACACAGCGGCGCCAGUUCACUUCCAGCCUCUCCCAUUAUUCACUGGCUGUCUAUUUCGGCUCUGAAGCGAUUUCCUGUCCAUGCCAACCAGCUGCUUUCAGAUGACAUCCCGAAUUCAUGGACAAAAUAUAACAGCUAUAUAAAGGUGUCAACACAUCAGAUCAUUGAUCUGAGAAUGAUAUGUAUAUAUAUGUACAUAUAUACAUAUUAUAUCUAUCUAUCUUAUGCCUAUGUACUGGUUUUUAUAAUCGAAAUCGAUUCUAUGUCUAAAAAUCCAAAACCGCCAAGCCCGCUCCCACGCCAAGCCAUAAGUCCGCUCCGCAAGUCCCACUUCACCGCCAAGUCCCACUCCACCGCCAAGUCCCACUCCACCGCCCAGUCCCCUCCACCGUCCCAAAGUCCAUUCCACCGCCAAAAUAGUCCACUCCACCGCCAAGUCCCACUCUCCAAGCCCCAGUCCCCUCCACCGCCCAGUCGCCGCUCCACCGCCAAGUCCCAUUCCACCGCCAAGUCCCACCCACCGCCAAGUUCCCCUCUACCGCAAGUCCCGCUCCACCGCCAAAGUCCCCAUCCACCGCCAAGUCCCACUCUACCGCCCAGUCCCCACUCCACCGCAAGGCCAACUCCACCGCCACGUCCCACUCCACCGCCAAGUCCCACUCCACCGCCAAGGUCCCCAACAUCCACCGCCACGUCACUCCACCGCCAAGUCCCAUCCACCGCCAAGGGUCCCAAGUCCCACUUCCACCGCCAAAAUCCCACUCCACCACCAAUCCCCACUCCCCACCAAGUCCCACUCCACCGCCAAGUCCCAAGUCCCACUCCACCGCCAAGUCCCACUCCAUCCUCCCACCCAAAACCCUCAUCCACCUCGAAAACACUACGCCCCUGCAACACAACGCCUCUGCUGCAACACGCCCUCCAUCGUGGCCAGAGAGAGCCCAAGUCCCACUCCACCGCCACGUCCCACCUCACCCCACGUCCCACUCACCGCCAGUCCCACUCCACCGCCAAGCCCACUCCCGCCACGUCCACUCCACCGCCACGUUCCCACUCCACCGGCCCACUCCACCGCCACGUUCCACCCCCCACUCCACCGCCCCACGUCCACCGCCCAUCCACUCCACCGCCAAGUCCACUCCACCGCCAAGUCCCACUCCAACCCCAAAGUCCCAAUCCACCGCCAAGUCCCACUCCACCGCCAAGUCCCACCUCCACCGCCAAGUCCCACUCCACCCCAAGCCCAAGUCCCACUCCACCGCCCAAGUCCAGCUCCACCCCCCAAGGCCCACUCCACCGCCAAUGUCACCACUCCACCGCCAAGUCCCACUCCACCGCCAAGUCCCAACUUCCACGCCAAAGUCCCACUCCAACUCCCACUCCACCGCCAAUUCACCGCCAAGUCCCAAGUCCCACUCCACCGCCAAGUCCACUCCACCGCCAAGUCCCCAAGUCCCACUCCACCGCCACAAGUCCCACUCCACUCGUCCUCCCACCCAAAACCCUCUCACCUCGAAAAACACUACGCCCCUGCAACACAACGCCUCUGCUGCAACACGCCCCUCCAUCGUGGCCAGAGAGAGCAAGCAAUUUCGGAAUGAAGGGACGCACCUUGAUAAUUGGAAUAGGAUGA